AGUAAAGCCUGCUUCAAACUUCUCAGCUGUUGACAGGCUUGACUUGCUGAGAACACUGGUUAAAUAUAGCACAAGUGAACUGAGCUCAACAGUCAUUGCUGUAACAGUGUGUGAAGAGACCAGAAGAGGGGAAAUACAAUCUGAGAACUAAACUGCCAAAGCCUAACACCACCUAGCAACAGUUGAAAAAACUUUUAAACAAAGUCUGAGUGAAACACAGAGAGAGCAUACCUCUUAUUUCUCCUGACUGGGAUUUCUCUGGGAAGAAACUACGUUCCUCUUCUGCUCUCUACCCUAUUUCCUGCAUUACUUCAGCUGCUGGUAGACCUUGAAAAGUGGAAAAAGCUUAUCUCUGUGGUUCUUUUGGGCUGAAUGUGAAAACUGCCCGGGAACUGUGUAGUAUUGUGGGGCAAGCUACUUUGAUCUUCUAGGAGUAAACUGUCACUGUAAAGGAUAUAAUCCAAGGUACUUACUGCUGUCAGGUAGGGAUGAGAUCCCGAAACCAAGGUGGGGAAAGCUCAUCCAGUGGGCAUUAUUCCAGUUCUAAGCCUGUCAUUAGCAAUGCAGAGAAUGAAAGUUUUCAGGAAGAUGCCAGGAAAAAGAACAAGUCCAAUUGGAAGGAAGAUGAAGUUAUGGUAUCAGCAACUGUCAAACGACACUCAAAAUCACCUGGUUCCAGUGAACGGAAGAAGAAGAAAUCAAUAGAGCUUUCUAAGGAGGACUUGAUCAAACUCCUCAGUAUAAUGGAAGGAGAACUGCAGGCCAGGGAAGAUGUGAUCCAUAUGCUGAAGACAGAGAAGACCAAACCUGAAGUUUUAGAAGCUCACUAUGGAUCUGCGGCUCCAGAGAAUGUCCUAAGAGUAUUACACAGAGAUGCAAUCCUUGCUGAAGAAAAAUCCAUAGGGGAAGAUGUCUAUGAGAAACCUAUUUCAGAGCUGGACAGACUUGAAGAAAAGCAGAAGGAGACUUACCGACGCAUGUUGGAACAGCUCCUGCUGGCAGAGAAGUGCCACCGGCGCACAGUUUAUGAGCUGGAAAAUGAGAAGCAUAAGCAUACGGAUUACAUGAACAAGAGUGAUGACUUUACCAACCUCUUGGAGCAGGAGCGUGAAAGGUUAAAGAAGCUUCUUGAACAGGAAAAGAUCUAUCAAGCCCGGAAGGAGAAAGAAUAUACAAAGAGACUCAAUAAAUUAAGAGAAGAACUAGUUAAACUCAAAUCAUUUGCACUCAUGCUGGUGGAUGAAAGACAAAUGCAUAUUGAACAGCUUGGUCAGCAAAGUCAGAAAAUACAGGAUCUUACUCAGAAACUAAAAGAAGAAGAAGAAAAGCUUAAAGUUAUUAGUUCAAAAACAAAAGAAGAUGGACAAAAACUGAUGAAGUUAGAAUCAGAACUUGAACACAAGACAUCAACAUUUUCUCAAGAAAAUGAGGAGAUGACUGCUAAACUGGCUAAUCAAGAGUCACAUAACAGACAGCUCAGGCUUAAGUUGGUUGGUUUGACUCGUAGAAUAGAAGAGCUGGAAGAAGCCAACAAAAACCUUCAAAAAUCUGAAGAAGAACUACAGGAAUUAAGAGAUAAAAUAGCAAAAGGGGAAUGUGGGAACUCUAGCUUGAUGGCUGAGGUGGAGAACCUUCGCAAGCGUGUGCUUGAAAUGGAGGGCAAAGAUGAGGAGAUCACAAAAACUGAAUCCCAGUGCAGAGAGCUGAAGAAGAAACUUCAAGAGGAAGAACACCGUAGUAAAGAGUUGAAACUUGAAGUGGAAAAAUUGCAAAAGAGAAUGUCAGAACUGGAAAAGCUGGAAGAAGCUUUCAGUAAAAGCAAGUCUGAUUGUACCCAGCUGCACUUAAACCUGGAGAAAGAAAAAAAUUCAACCAAAGACUUGAUAAAUGAGCUAGAUACAGUGAAGACCCGAGUGAAAGACUUGGAAUCUUCAGAAAGUAGAUUGGAAAAGGCUGAGUUAAGCUUAAAAGAUGACCUUACAAAGCUGAAGUCAUUUACUGUCAUGUUGGUUGAUGAAAGAAAAAAUAUGAUGGAAAAAAUAAAACAAGAAGAAAAAAAAGUUGAAGGUCUGAACAAGAAUUUUAAGGUGGAACAAGGCAAAGUUAUGGAUGUGACUGAGAAACUGAUAGAGGAAAGUAAGAAAUUUUUGAAACUGAAGUCUGAAAUGGAGGAAAAAGUGUCCAAUUUGACAAAGGAAAGAGAUGAGUUAAUCAGCAAACUGAAAAAUGAAGAAGAAAAAUCCUCUGAACUGAAUUGUAGAGUUGAUCUGCUGCAGAAGAGAAUUGAUGGUAUAGAGGAAGUAGAAAGAGAAAUAGCAAGAGGUCGAGCCAGAAAAGGACUAGAACAAACUUGCCAUGAGGAUAACAAGAUUAAGGAACUAACCAUUGAAAUUGAAAGACUUAAAAAACGCCUCAAGCAACUGGAAGUGGUUGAAGGAGAUUUGAUGAAGACAGAGGAUGAGUAUGAUCAGCUGGAGCAGAAAUUUAAGACUGAGCAGGACAAAGCCAACUUCCUGUCUCAGCAACUGGAGGAAAUGAAGCUCCAGAUUGCUAAAAACAAAGCAAUAGAGAAGGGUGAAGCUGUGAGUCAGGAAGCAGAGCUGAGGCACAGGUUUCGGUUAGAGGAGGCCAAAAGCAGAGAUUUGAAAGCAGAAGUGCAAGCUCUGAAGGAAAAAAUUCAUGAGUUGAUGAACAAAGAAGACCAGCUUUCCCAGCUCCAAGUUGAUUAUUCAGUUCUUCAGCAGCGUUUUAUGGAAGAAGAAAAUAAGAACAAUAGCAUGGGGCAGGAGGUCCUAAGCUUAACAAGAGAGUUAGAGCUUUCUAAGCGAUACAGCCGUGCCCUGAGACCAAGUAUAAAUGGCAGAAGAAUGGUAGAUGUUCCUGUGACAUCCACUGGAGUGCAAACUGAUGCAGUAAGCAGUGAAGCAGCAGAAGAAGAAAGUCCAGCUGUGUUCAUAAGGAAAUCUUUCCAAGAGGAAAAUCAUAUCAUGAGUAACCUGAGACAGGUAGGCCUGAAGAAACCCAUGGAGCGCUCAUCUGUGCUUGAUAGGUAUCCCCCAGCAGCAAAUGAGCUUGGAAUGAGAAAAUCUUGGAUACCAUGGAUGAGAAAGAGAGAAAAUGGACCCCAGACAACUCAUGAUAAAGGAACGCGAACACAUGGCAGUCCAGAACAUCCUGGGGAGGUUGUACUUUCACCAAAACAGGGACAGCCUCUUCACAUUAGGGUGACUCCAGAUCAUGAAAACAGUACAGCUACUUUGGAAAUAACCAGUCCAACAUCUGAAGAAUUCUUUUCAAGUACCACAGUCAUCCCUACCUUGGGAAAUCAGAAACCACGGAUUACCAUCAUUCCAUCUCCAAAUGUUGUACCCCAAAAGGGAAAGAGUAGUGAGAGCACAAUGGGUCCAGAGCGUGCUAUGUCACCUGUUACUAUAACGACUUUCUCCAGAGAAAAGUCCUCAGAAGGAGGGAGAACUCCCUUUAUGGAUAGACCCACAUCCCCCAUUCAGAUUAUGACGGUAUCUACGUCUGCAGCACCAGCAAAAAUCUCUGUCUCUCCAGAAUCACAAGAUAUGACCAUGGGAAGGGCUGUCUUCAAGGUAACACCAGAAAAACAAACUGUCCCGACACCAGUCCGGAAGUACAAUGCCAAUGCCAACAUUAUAACCACAGAAGACAACAAAAUACACAUCCACUUAGGUUCUCAGUUCAAACGCUCUCCUGGUGCCACUUCUGAGGGUGCAAGUCCUGUGAUAACAGUCAGACCAAUGAAUGUAGCAGCAGAAAAAGAGGUUAUGACUGGUACUGUCCUUCGUUCCCCCAGGAACAAUCUAUCCGCAAGGUCAGGAGCAAGCAAAGUAACAAGCACCAUCACUAUAACUCCGGUUACAACAUCCUCCACACGAGGAACCCAGUCAAUGACAGGACAGGAUGGGUCAUCACAGAGACCUACACCCACCCGCAUUCCUGUGUCAAAAGAGAGUGUCAUCAUUCAUCAGUUACGCAUGAACUCUAGAUGAAAUACUACAUCAAAUGUAUUCUGUAUGUGUGCACUUCCUUACUACAAGAGUUGGAUGGAUCACUGUUGGAAGCUCUUUACCAUUACUGCCAGGGGCUCCAAUGCUACUGAUUACUUAUGGAAGUAUCUAUUGCUUCCACUGGAUAUUUGUUUUGUUUGGGGUUUUUUCUUAGACUUUAAAAAAUGCAAUGGCGUUGCUAAUAUUUUCAAAGUAUAUAGUGAGAGAGAGCAGCAGUUUUGCUGCCAAAUGAAUUUUACUCUUCUUUUGCAAAGCAUAAGGCAUAUGCUUGAUUUUGUUUGGUGUUUGCUAUAUAAUUUAUUUUUAUAAUACACUUUGUAAUGUAAUUUUCCCUAAGCCUUCCAAUUUCUAUUGUCCAUGGCACAUUUAUAUGUAGAACACUGUCAAAUUCUGAAAGUGUUGAUUGAUAUUUUUCUAUUAGAGAGCCUGUUAAGAAAUUACAUGUUAACAACAGUGCAUUUUUAAAUGGAAGACGUACUGUACUCAACACAAAUUUUCCUGCCACCUUAUAACUCUGUGAGACUAAAUGUUCUGAAGACUGCUGUACAGGAUAUACUGUUAUAAGUUUUUUGCACUGUGCGGUGGUUUGGCGUAAAACUGAGUACUAAAAUCCAGAGUCCUAAAGUACUACCUGACUUCAUAGAUUGAUUUGAAAUACUGCAAACCAGUGUUCGUUAAGCUGUGAUUUUUUUUUUUACGUGUGUUUUUACUUCUGCCUGUACCAUAAAGUCAAUUUUCAUUACACUAUAACAAAUAAAUUUUCACUAGUAUGCAAACACAACCGAAUGUCUGAAUGGUAAUACUAAUUUCAGAAGGCUGACCCCAUUUCAGUUGUUUAUAGAGAAGGACACGCAUGAUUUUGGCAGUUGCUGCCCUUAGGUUAGUAUUUGAUACCAUAUUAAAGUGCAUGCAUACAUACAUAAAGUUGACCCUGAUAUUGCCAAGUGCUUUAAAGAAAAAUCCAUUGCCUGACAGAGCUAAUGAUAUUAUUGUUUCUAGCUGUGCUUUCUUGACACUAGCAAAUAAAUCACAAACUGAACUUAAAUUUUAUAUCAGCAGCCCUGGGAAGCUGGAACAUAAGAAGCAGCAAAGUGAGAAUUCUAUGGCAGCUCUUAAAAUAAAAAUGAUAUUUCACAGACUUCUUAAUAAGAUGCAAUACAAACUGCAUACAGUAUAACUUCAUAAAUCCAGCAUGCUCAGGACCGAGCAUCUACCGGAAAUUUGAAAAUUCCGGAGUUUUGAAACUGGAGCGGUGGCUGGUCAUGGAGCGGGGGAUGGGGAUAGCAGCAGCUGAUCCUGGAGCAGUGGCCGUACAUGGAGUGGGGUGGUGGACGGCGGCAGGAGCUGCCACAUGCAAGCUUCCCCCUCUGUGUCUUGGGAGGCGGGGGGUUGUGGCGGCCAGUCCCAGAGCAGCGAUGCGGGGUGGUGAAUGGUGGUGGUAGCCAUUGCGUGCUAGCUUCCACCUCUGUGGCUGGCAGUAGUGUAUUUUUUAAAAGUGCCAGAUUUUCAAGAAUUCUGGAUUGUUAAUGUCUGGAUUUAUGAGGUUAUACUGUACUAUGUUUUCUGGUAUUUAUUUUCAUAAAUAAGUAUUUUUAUAAUUAAUUAGUUGUAUUAUGAAUUGUUGCCAUAUUUUUAGUUUGCAGAGGCUUCAAAUUCUAUGUUGUCAAAAAACUUACCUGGGGGGGGGGAGGGGUUGGAAUAUGGAGGAAUGUUUCAGGAUUAAAGAACAGAUGCAUUAACUGUUCAUUUCUGAUAAAUGAAUGAAUGGUGAAACACUUCAGUUUUCCUAUUCUGACAUAUUCAAGAACAAUAUUUAACCUCAUGCUGAAAUGAAUAGAGAAGUUAAUCCCUUAGGCUGUCUCUGCACUUGGAAAGAUAAUGAAGUGUUGAUUUAUAGUCAUUCAGAUCAUGUUUCCAAUAUUAUUUUCUCAGUAAUAAGAAACAGGAUAUUUUAAUACCACAAUUUAUAUUCUGCACCACAUUUCACACCAACAGAAUGGUAGGAUAUGCUGCUACCUAUAUAGCGUGUAUCUUUCUGACAGCAUUUUUAAGCUAUUUUAUGCGACUGUUUGCUUCCAUGAAAUUCUAAUAUUUGUUUGUUUUGUAUAAACUUUAUAUGAAGUGAAUUCAUUUUAAGUGGGUAUAAAGUGUCAUGAUAUGGCAGCCUGUAAGGAAAAGACGAAAAUGCCAGUUACAGCAUCUAGAAUGGAUACAAUCAAUUUCAUUUUUCUUAUGAAGAAUGAACCCUGCUAGGUUUUGGCUGUACUGGAAAAAGCUUUCUUGUUUAGUUGUUUUGCUAAACCCUCACAGUGAUGCUGUAGCUUACAUAAUAGAAGAUAUUGAAAGCGUGUUCCACAGCCUUCUGACCUUAUUUGUGAAUGAAUCACCACCUAGAUUAAAAAUGGCUUUAAUCUAAUCUGUAAUGAAACUGGCAGUUAUCUCAGUGAACACAGCAACCCUAUCACAAUGUUUUUUCUGGUUUUAACACUGCUUUUAACUUCCUGUUGUGCUGUCUGAAAGCCUCAGCUGAUAUAGAAAGUGUAUUUUACUUGUUGAAAUUUAACAGCAUUCUGAUAUAUUUUGCUUAUGGCAAAAAAUAUUGUGCUUGCUGUAAGAACUUCCCCUAACCCCUACCAAAGACACAAUUUGUAGAACUUUAAACAGUUAAAGUAUUUUUGUUUUUUGUUUUUGUUUUUAUCAGAAAUGCAGCUAGGAUUUAUUUUCAUGUAUUUACUUUUUAAAAUAUUUUGAAUGGAACUGUAGUAUCCAUAUAAUUGGGAGACAUAUUUCACUGGCUGUAACCUAAAUGCAAUAAAAUGUAUGUUGUUGAGGUUUUCCAUACACGUUAAGCUUGUAAUAUUUGACUGGCACGCAGAUGUAUAGUAUAUUUUGUAAGAUAACAAAUGCCAUCUGCUCGAAAUGUAUCCCAUUUCAGAUGACAAGUGAAUUUUACCCUGUGAAUUAAAGUUGCUGCCUAAAUCUUUAAAA